AGAACGUGGUGUCCUUGGCCAAUGUGGGUCUGCCCAGCCACCUCACUGAGUGCCACCGCCCACGGCCUGCCUAUGUCACCCACACAGCCCCUGUGGUCAAGAUGCUCGUUGAGCAGGAUCAGUGGAGAAAGGCUGCAUCCAACUGCCCGUCCGAGACAGAGCCAAAUGGAGAGCCUCAAGAAGCUGGUUUUGAAGAGGAAAC